UAGCAAUGAAAGCUGAAAGAGAAGCGAGGACUCUUGGAGGGAUUUACUAUAUUAAGUGAAAAAGUGUUAAUGGCUUACCUCAAAUUAGCAUAGUGUGGAUACGUUAUCCUGUUUCGAAUAAUUCAAAAGCAAAGAAGAGACUUCAAAGUAUAGCUGACCGAAGUUGACAAUCAUGGGUCAAUCUAGACAGUUUUGCCUCCUGUUUUGGAAAAACUGGGCCCUUGCCAAGCGUUCACCUGUGCGAACAUUUUUUGAGAUUGCAGUUCCACUAUUCUUCAUUCUAAUACUUGUUAUUUUGAGGGCAUUUGUGAUAAAGAAUGAGCAAGAACCUCCCAUAAAGUACAAACAGUUUACAGUUAACCAGUUACCUGAAGGACUAAUAGGAGAAAACUUUAACCUUGCUUAUGGACCAAACACCACUGAUGUAAAUGAAGUUAUGAGUAAAGUAGAUUUUAAAACAUUGGGAUUUAAUAAGAGUAAAGGUUUUGGAAAUGAGAACGAAAUGGUAGAUUUUCUUCUUGAAGACAAUGACAUUGCAUCAGAAUUUCUUGGUGGAGUUUAUUUUGAAAGUACGCCAGAGCAAAACAACGUUGUUUACAAGCUUCGACUGAACUCAAGAGCAAGAAAUAGUAAAACCAAAAUUAAAGCUUUUGGGAGCGACCCUUCAAAUUCUUGGAACACACAGUUAACUUUCAAUUCAUUUCAAAUUCCUGGUCCGAGGAACAAGAAUGCAACCCAUGGUGGACCACCUGAUUACUAUGAUGAAGGAUUCCUUGCAUUACAGAAUGCCAUCGAUAUGGCUAUUCUUAGAUACAGGGACAAGAAUUCAAGUGCCCAGAGUAUUGCCAUAAAGAUGCAGAGGUUUCCUUAUCCUGCAUACAUCAAAGACAGCUUCAUCCUUGUAAUACAACAAACUUUGCCUCUCUUCCUCAUAUUAUCCUUGGUCUUUACAGCCUUGUGUAUUGUGCGUGACAUUGUGCAUGAAAAAGAAAGAAAAUUAAAGGAAUCAAUGAAGAUGAUGGGUUUGGCUGGUUGGAUGCACUGGCUUGCAUGGUUUGCCAAAUACCUUCUCAUUCUCCUCGUCGCUGUUGUCUUUGCAAGUGUCCUCUUUACGAUCAAGUUUUCUUCCAAUGGCAAAGUCCUCAACCAAAGUUCUCCAACUCUAAUCUUCGUAUUCCUUCUCCUUUAUUCUAUCUCGUCCAUAAUGUUUUGUUUCCUUGUCAGCGUGUUUUUUUCCAAAGCUAACGUCGCUGCUGUUGCUGGUGGGUUCCUUUGGUUCCUUUCCUACACUCCUUACAACUUCAUUGCGCAAAGCUACGACACAAUGUCUCUGGGACUUAAAAUAGCAUCCUGCCUGCUUUCCAACUGUUGUAUGAGCAUCGGGUCUUUAUUGAUUGGCAAGUUUGAAGGUCGUGGAACUGGUGUCCAGUGGUCAAAUAUUUACGAAGGAGUAUCAGUAGAUGAUGAUAUGACUCUAGGAUAUGUGCUGUUGAUGUAUAUCGCAGAUAUAUUGCUCUAUGGAAUUAUUACCUGGUAUAUAGAAGCAGUAUUCCCAGGAGAAUAUGGAACUCCUCAACCGUGGUAUUUUCCCUGUACGUCUAGAUACUGGUGUGGUGUAAAUAAACAGCUUGAUGCAGAGUCUAAUGGUGUGGUUUCAAAUGGUGUAGUUUCGUCAGAGUUUCUGGAGAAGGACCCCUCAGGACUACACGCGGGAAUAAAGGUCCAGAAUAUCAAGAAGUCGUUUUCUACUGAAAAAGGAGAAAAAGUUGCAGUAGACGGUGUUAACCUCAACAUGUACCAAGGUCAGAUCACAGCUCUUCUUGGUCACAAUGGAGCAGGCAAGACAACACUGAUGUCGAUGCUCACUGGACUCUUUUCGCCGACUUCAGGAACAGCACUUGUCAAUGACUGUAACAUCAUUGACAACAUGGCUGGCGCACGAAGUAGUUUAGGUCUUUGCCCUCAGCAUGACGUGCUGUUUGAUCGUCUGACGGUGGAAGAACACUUGUGGUUUUUUGCUAUGCUCAAAGGCUGUCCACGAAGAAGGGUGCAGUCUGAGAUCGAUAAAAUGAUAGACAGUGUUGGUCUGUCAGAUAAACGACACGUGCAAACUAGAGCUCUUUCUGGUGGCAUGAAGAGGAAGCUAUCGGUGGGAAUUGCUCUUAUAAGUGGCUCCAAGGUCGUUAUGCUCGACGAACCAACAUCAGGAAUGGAUCCCUCAGCUCGCCGCUUUACCUGGGACCUACUCCAACAGCAACGACAAGACAGAACGAUCCUUCUGACCACGCACUUCAUGGACGAAGCCGACUUCCUUGGARACAGAAUUGCCAUCAUGGCCGAAGGGCAAAUCAAAUGCUGUGGUAGUUCUCUGUUUCUGAAGAACAAAUACGGGGUAGGGUAUCACAUGGCUAUCGUCAAGGCAACUCUUUGUGAUGUGCCUCUUGUUAAUGCGAUUGUUCAGAAGUAUGUGCCAACUGCACAGCUGGAGAGUAACAUCGGUGCGGAGCUGACAUUCAUCCUUCCUAGUGAAGCUACAGGGAAUUUUGAGCCGCUUUUCACAGAAUUGGAGUCACGUCGACAGGAACUGGGCAUCAAUAGUUUUGGUGUCUCUGUCACUACCAUGGAAGAAGUGUUUCUAAAAGUCGGCGAAGAGAUGGAUGAUUCUCUCACGAAAGCCCUUCAAAAUGAAGAAACUGAUACCAUAAACAAUGGAGCAGAUGAUGAUGAUGACAAUGAUUUUCGAAUUGAGGUUGAUGAUACUAAUACAAUGGGUGUGAUCAGUGAAGGGUCAUGCCAAGUUAAUGCAGAACACAACUGCAACAUGCAACUGGGCUUUCAACGCUGGUACGCCAUGUUCAUUAAGCGUUUUCUCCACUCCAAACGAAACCGCCUGUCAAUCAUUCCUCAACUCCUUCUACCGUUGAUUUUCACACUGUUUGCUCUGAUAAGUGCGAAGACCUUUCCACAGCCCGGGGAUGCACCGCCUCUAGCUCUGAACACCACAUCGUUUGGGAAGAAUUUUGUACCGUUUAGCUUUGUACCCAAUAACAGAACGAAAAUCCUUGCAAAAGAGUUUAAAGAUCAGUUUAAAGGAACAGAUACCAAGGCGAUCCGUGUCAACGGUGACAUGUCACAUUAUUUACUCAAAGAGCCAGAUGAUGUUGGACAGGGAGACUUCAACCUUCGGUACCUGGUCGCUGCAUCGUUUACCAAUAAAACACAAGAAACAGAAAUCACCGCUUGGUUCAACAAUCAACCCCUACAUGCUGUUGCAAUCACCUUGGCAACAGUCCAUAACGGUUUAAUCAAAGCAAUAUCUGGUGAAAACUCUUCGUUGACUACCAUUAACCAUCCUCUGCCAAGAACAACUAAAGACACGAUCGAUGACCUGAAAAGAAAUGGCCUUGGUUUUCUCAUCUCGUUCAACGUCCUGUUCGGCAUGGCUUUCUUGGCCUCGAGUUUUGUAGUGUUCCUUGUACAAGAAAGAUCUAACAAGGCCAAACACGUGCAGUUUGUCAGCGGUAUUGACCCACUCAGCUACUGGACGUCUGCUUACGUGUGGGACCUCAUCAACUACCUCGUGCCAGCUCUGUCUCUUCUCAUUCUCCUCGCUGCGUUCGACGUACCAGCCUAUAAUGGUCCAAAUCUUGGCUACACUUUUCUUCUGCUCAUGAUUUACGGCUGGGCAAUUAUUCCUUUGAUGUACUUGUUCUCAUUUGUUUUCACAACGGCAGUGUACGCGUUCGUUGUCUUGACGAUAUUUAAUAUUGUGACGGGACUGGCAACCUUGAUGACAGUGUUUAUUCUUGAAAUACCUGGAGUGGGCGAGAGGGACGCAGCUAAUGUUCUCAAAUGGGUUUUCCUUAUUCUCCCUAACUACUGCCUCGGCCAAGGAUUGGGAGACAUCUUCAAUAACUAUAAUACUUUGUCUGUUUUUAACCAAGCCAUGCGUGAAUGCAAAGAAAUGUUCCCUUACUUGACAAUUGAUGAGUGUAAGAAGUUGAUCAAAGAGAAAGCAGGUGAUUAUCCCAUAGAGUUUCAAGAAAACUAUCUGUCAUGGGAGAAUCCAGGGAUUGGUCGAUACCUCGUGUUCAUGGCGUGGGAAGGAAUAUUCUUCUUCCUUUUGGUACUCCUCUUCGAAUCGGGUCUCCCGCGUCGGUUCUAUCUAUCUUUGCGCUCUUCAUUCUCUAUGUCUUUAAAGGUGAUGCGUCCAGGAGACAUUUACUCUAGUAGUGUGGUUGAAGACGAUGACGAUGUUUUUGCUGAGAAGAGAAGAGUUGCUGUUGGUUCGGACAAUCAAGAUGUUCUUGUUAUAAGAGAGCUAUCCAAAGUCUACCCGGGAAGGAGAGGGCGUGGUCCUCUGAUCGCCGUCAACGACCUAUCCCUGGGGGUACCCCUCGGGGAGUGUUUUGGCUUGCUGGGUGUCAAUGGCGCUGGUAAAACGACUACCUUCAGGAUGCUUACCGGUGAUGAAAUGAUGACGUCUGGGACGGCUGUGGUGGAUCAUUUCGAUAUACGAAGCAACAUGGAACAGGUUCGCCAGCGUGUUUUUUUUUGCCCUCAGUUCGAUGCCCUGAUAGGUCACAUGACCACUCGUGAAAUGCUCUACAUGUACGCACGUCUACGUGGCGUGCCAGAGAUCGAUAUCCCGCACACUGUAGAAAAUUUAAUGCGUUCACUCUUGUUGAGUAAUCAUGCUGAUAAGCUUACGAAGUCUCUUAGCGGUGGAAACAAGCGUAAGCUCAGUACAGCUAUCUCUCUAGUUGGUAACCCACCUGUGGUAUUCUUAGACGAACCCACCACUGGUAUGGAUCCUGUAGCUAAACGACUCCUGUGGAACGCGCUGUGCCGAGUACGGGCCGAUGGACGCUGCAUUAUUAUCACCUCACACAGCAUGGAAGAAUGUGAUGCUCUCUGCACCCGUCUUGCCAUCAUGGUCAACGGUCGUUUCAAGUGUCUAGGAAGUCCACAACACCUCAAAACAAAAUUUGGUGAAGGCUACACCCUUAUAUUAAAGAUAGCUAACCCAGAUCAACUACCAAGACUCAAGGAGUACAUCGAGGAGGUAUUUCCUAGAAGCAUUCUAAAGGACGAGCACCUUGGAAUGGUACAUUAUCACAUAACCGACAUGAGUAUAUCCUGGGCGAAAAUAUUUGGGGAAAUUGAGAGGAUUAAACUGGAUUAUGAUAUUGAGGAUUAUACAAUCAGUCAGACGUCGCUUGAGCAAGUGUUUUUGAACUUUGCACGAGGGCAAAGAUUAGAAGAUCAAUAAUUGAUGACGGGUGUCAUCACCAUGUUCAUAAUAGUUAUUAUAAAGGUCUUAGUUCAAAUCACAUUGCAAAUUUGGAAUUGCACUGUGCUCAGUCUUCCCUGCUAGCAGAAAAUUGCCAGCGAGGGAGAAAAUACCGCCAGCUGGAGAAAAUAUUAUCUGCCAAGAAUCGCUGGUUAGGGAGACUCUGCUAGCAGGGAACGGUCAAUCAUUCCAUCAKUUUUUUAUUAUUUAUUUUUAAUAAAUAUAAAUAUAUUAAUUCUUAACUAUUGUUACAAUAAUUGCACUAGUGAUUAUCUAAAUGAGCUUUAACAGUUUUUCUCAUGGAACAUGUCCCUAGUCCAUUGAUGGUCUAAGAGGCAUGACUACCGAAUGAUUAAUGAUUGACAGCCAAAUGCCAAAUUUGCAGUGUGAUUUGAAACUAGCACCAUCGCAUAGUUAUGAACAAGGUUUUAAAAGAGGAUGCGAUAGUGAGCUUGGUGCCUUUUUUAACUGUAGGACAAACUGUGCAUAGGGAGCAUGGAUGUUUAUACAGAAGGUAGUCGAGAAUGUAUUUUGAUUUUGAGUGCACAUCAUGAUUUAGAAUACAAACACUAAAAGUGUGCAACACUGCACUAUUUAGUAGUAAAUAGUGCUAAUUAAACAAUAGAAAACAAUAGGAUUAGCAUAAUU